CAGCCAUGUGGUCCGACCUUUUGGGACGACCUGGGACGGAUAAUACACCAUUAUUUCACCUGUGACCUCCCGCUAUUGGCAUAUGGUUUCAUCCGCGCUCAGGGGAUCGGCCAGGAUGUUUCAAACAGCCCCUUCCCUCUAGAAUGACCCGUCGAAGCAUCUCAGGCUGCUCUCCACCCACUACUUUCCGGGGGAUGUAGUUUGUAGGCCGUGUUUCUUCCUUCCUGAACGUGGGGACGACGCGCCAAUGUUCCUGAGAAGAUGCCUACUGCUUUUAAGGCACUCUGGCAGAGUAGUGCGACACCGCAGCCGAAUUCCAGCUCGAGAUUUACAGUGUUGCUCUAAAUAUCCCAUGAAGUACAUCUUGGUAACUGGUGGUGUCAUCUCAGGCAUUGGGAAAGGAAUUAUUGCAAGCAGUAUAGGUACCAUCUUGAAAUCAUGUGGCCUUCGAGUUACUGCAAUCAAAAUAGAUCCAUACAUUAACAUAGAUGCUGGAACCUUCUCACCAUAUGAGCAUGGUGAGGUGUUUGUUCUAAAUGAUGGUGGAGAAGUUGACCUCGACUUAGGAAACUAUGAAAGAUUCUUGGACAUUAAUCUUUACAGGGAUAAUAACAUCACCACUGGAAAAAUCUACCAACAUGUCAUCAAUAAAGAGAGGCGUGGGGAUUACUUGGGAAAAACAGUUCAAGUUGUCCCACAUAUCACGGAUGCUGUUCAAGAAUGGGUAAUGAACCAGGCAAAAGUUCCUGUAGAUGGGGAUAAGAAAGAACCACAGAUAUGUGUAAUUGAACUGGGUGGAACUAUCGGAGAUAUUGAAGGAAUGCCCUUUGUAGAAGCCUUCCGACAAUUUCAGUUUAAAGCCAAACGAGAGAACUUUUGCAACAUCCAUGUCAGCCUUGUGCCACAGCCUAAUGCAACUGGAGAGCAGAAAACAAAACCUACUCAAAACAGCGUUCGGGCUUUAAGAGGACUUGGUCUGUCUCCUGAUUUGAUAGUCUGUAGAAGUACCAAACCUAUAGAAAUGGCUGUAAAAGAAAAGAUCUCCAUGUUUUGCCAUGUGGAACCUGAACAGGUAAUAUUCAUCCAUGAUGUUUCUUCUACUUACCGAGUGCCAAUUCUGUUGGAAGAGCAAGGCAUUAUUAAAUAUUUUAAGGAGAGAUUGAACCUGCCAAUUGAUGACCAGCCAAGUGAUCUUCUUUUAAAGUGGAAGAAAAUGGCAGAUAGAUAUGAGAGAAUGUUGAAGACAUGUUCUGUAGCUCUGGUUGGCAAGUAUACAAAACUGAGUGACUGCUAUACCUCUGUAUUCAAAGCAUUAGAACAUUCAGCUCUGGCAAUUAACCACAGACUCAACUUAAUGUAUAUAGAUUCAACAGAUUUGGAACAUAAUACAGAGGUGGAGGAUCCUGUGAAAUUCCAUCAAGCCUGGCAAAAACUGUGCAAAGCAGAUUGCAUAUUAGUUCCUGGAGGCUUUGGCCACAGGGGAACUGAGGGAAAACUUGAAGCCAUUUCAUGGGCAAGAAAGAAGAAAAAACCUUUUCUGGGUGUUUGCUUGGGGAUGCAACUGGCAGUAGUAGAGUUUGCAAGGAACUGUCUAAAAUGGCAAGAUGCAAAUUCUACAGAAUUUGAUUCAAAGACAAAGAAUCCUGUUGUCAUUGACAUGCCUGAACACAAUCCUGGAGACAUGGGAGGAACAAUGAGACUAGGAAAAAGGAAAACUAUUUUUAAAACAGAGGACUCUGUCUUAAGAAAACUCUAUGGUGAUGAAGUUUUCGUGGAAGAACGACACAGGCAUCGCUAUGAGGUAAACCCUGAGUUGACUCACUUCUUUGAAGAGAAAGGGUUGAACUUUGUUGGCCAUGACACUGAAGGGAAGAGAAUGGAAAUAAUUGAACUAAAAGAUCACCCUUAUUUUGUUGGUGUCCAGUUCCAUCCAGAAUUUUCUUCAAGACCUAUGAAGCCUUCACCUCCAUACCUUGGCCUCUUGCUUGCUGCAACAGAUUCUCUCAGUGCAUACUUACAGCGUGGAUGCAAAUUGUCUCCUAGUGAUAGCUACAGUGACCUCAGUGAUGAUAAUUUUCCAGAGAAAGAACUUCCUGAAUCAGAAGAAAGCUGAAUUUUUCUUAAAAGAGGAAGCAGAUUAAAAAAGAAGCAGGAAGAAAAGCAUAAUUGAAAAGGUCAUUCCAGAGAAAAAACCUAGUAUGCUGUAAAGCCAUUGGUGAAGACUUCCAUCAGCACAGCUGCUUUCCAUAUUUCUUGUGAAGAUCCCCGUGUGUUCCAGACAAUGCCUCUGCUUCCCCAGAGAAAAAUCAGUUCAUUUUAACCAUUAUAUCUCUUUUAAAAUUGCAUAAAGGAUUGUCUCAUCUUGUCUUAUGUUUUCAGGAGAAUCUUUUACCUUUGGGUUGCAAGGGAAUAUUUUGACUAAAUUAUUGAAUCACCUGCAAAAAAUUCAUUAACCUUAAAAGUGUGUUGCUUUUAAAGUGUGAUUCUCAAAUAACUCUAGUCAGUGGAAGUUUGUCUUUGGUCUUUGCUCUCUAUAUUGUUAUAUUAACAGUCAGAGACAUGCCUGUUUUCAAGUGAUGCUAACUAUCCAUUCUUUACCUCUCUAUCACCCUUUUCCAAUCUGUUGCAAAGUUGACUGGUUGUUAUGGGAGUUGCAGUGCAAUUCGUAUGGGGGGCAUCAGGUUGGGCAAGGUUGAUAUCCACUAUUGUACACAUUGGAUUUUUGUCCUUGGACAGAAGUGAUCUUCAAAGGACUGCAAUGUUGGAACAUGGUACCAUCUAAUGAAUAAUAGAGCAGAAUGCUGUAAUAUAACAAAUGUAUCAAAAUGUGACCAUGUGGAUACAAGAUAUUGGGUUCAUAAUCGAGCAUCAACAAAUAAGAGCUUGAAUAACCAGUCAAGCCGAUAUCUGCACUCAUUACCAAUUUUAUCUCUAUUUGGCAAAUGCAGAAGGCUUUCUUUACUAUGUACUGUGGUAUGCAGAAGAUAAGGAAAAGCAGGGGAACCUUUGCAUGCUUGUGUUCUCUCGCUCUCUCUCUGCGUGUGUGUGUGAGAGAAAGAGACUGAGACUGACUUUAGUCCAAAAGUAAAAGACGACUCUACCUCCCUUCUAAGCCCUCUAGCAACUGCACAGGACUUGGAUAAGAGGUGAAAUCUUAUCCAAGUUUAGAGAGGUAAAGGUUACACAAGAAACAACCUGUUUUCCCUUCCCUAAUGCAAAAAAGGCCCAUCAGUACAAGAAUUGCCAUCUCUUUUUCAGUCAUGCUGAAAAGGGAUGCUGGAAGCUAGCUUCUGCCAUAUGGUCUCAAUUGCACUAAUUUAGGACAGUCCUGCAGAUGCUAUAACUUAGGGCAGCUUGAAGCAGUUAUUGAAUAAAUAGUGACAGAAGGGCCUUUUUUGGCCAUAUUCCUGUGCUCAGUUUCACAUGCAUUUAUUUUAGGUAGGACUAAUGAGGUCCUCCUCUCUGUUUGUGAACUGUAUGCAGUGCUGUAUUGUCUUUUCCUCAGUGUCUGAUGCACUACAAUAGCAUAAUCAUGGACUCAUUAGCAACAGAGGGUCUCUUGCACUGUUUCUUUAGAGACUCCUUUUCAAACCAGUGGAGAGACAUUCAGAGAGCUGUCCAACCAAUUGAAUAGUUGAUGUCGCACUUUCUUAAGGAGAAAAGUUUCUUUAGGGAAUAAGAAGCACCAUGUCUUCAUUUCCUAAUUAAAAGAGAAGAAGCCCUGGUUUAGUGCUAGAUUCUUAAAUUGAUUUCUUCCCCUUCAAUAACAUGUUAAAAUGUGAUACUUGGAUAUUUUUAAAAUAAUAUUAAAAUGCUAGGGUUUUUUUUUAACUGUUCAGGCCAAUAUGAGCAAAAAUCAGAAUUCAGAGAUGUUAUAUGAUUAUUUAAUGCGUAUUUGAACAUAUAAGAGCUGAUACUGAAUCUCAUUUAUCAAGCACUGCCCAUUAUCAUCUAAGUUUGUUAGAUAUUUCCUAAAGAAUUUCUGUAAGUUUAUGCUGGAUUUUGAAAUGUAUUAAAAUGUUAAAUGAAAUUGAAUAUGUUCGUAUUUUUCAUUACAACUACAUUGACUAAGCAAUUAGGAUAAAAAUAUUCUUAGGCGCUUCUUUUAAGUAGUUCAAUUUCGGUCCAUGUUCUCUGCCUCUGCUGCCUGGAUUAUGGCAGAGCACGUUUUCUGAUGAUUCAGCCGUGGGCUACAAGAGGGCUAUGGUUAGGGCAGUGUGAUUAUCAUCUUUUCAUUAUUCUUCACAGUGAUGGCUAAAAACUGAUCCAAAGUGUAUCUGCUCAUGAGCUGGUCAUGCCCCUUCCAUAUGGCAUCUCCUGAGCUGCACCGCAUUUGGUACUCAUUCCUAAUUUAGGAUGCCAAGUAGGAGGUUGCUCUAACAACAACUGCUCAGGUACACCCGCCAAACAGCAAAGCCCUGUUCAGUUGGCUGCUAGAAAUGACCCAAUUCAGUUUUUGCUUGCCAGCAGGAAGUAUUUUCUUCCUUGACCGGCCAGUAUAAGGACAAGUUAAAGGAGAAUGCUUGCCCUCCCCUCUGUCAGAAUGCUCUGUUCAAUGGGGUGAGCAUUUUCUGCCCGAUUAGCUGGAAUGAGCAUCCUUAGAAGCUUUCUGUCAUGGCUGCUGAAGAGGAUGCUUCUUGGAAAGCAAUAACUCUGGACACUAUAAGGCCUUUUCUGCUGCUCAGCACAGAGGAGGGUCUUACACUCUGUACAGAGCAGCCGAAGAAUGGUAUGCAGUGUGACUAAAUCUGAAUCCAAUUGAGAAUUGGAGUGGAGGCACUCUUAGAUGUGUAUAGAGUUAUUUGCCUCAACACUCCUGCUUGAAUUCUUGGGUCAUCCAUUAUAAAUGUGCCUUAACAUAUAUGUUGACUUCCAAGGGAGUUAAGCCCUGCAUUACUGAAGCAUCACCUUCCAUUUUCAUUGAGGGAGGAAAAAUGUAAACCCAUCACAGGGUUUUUUGUCAUGGAAUUUUGUAUUUCUCCAUCUUUUCAUUUCUUCUCUUAACCAACCACAAGGAGUUGCUGCAGCAUAAGGGCAGUAUAGGGGACUUCUGACUUUUCACAAGGUGGCUUCUGGGCUUGUUGUGAUUUGAAUGUUAAUAGCUGACUUUCUCUGCUCUAAAGAACCCAUGGAAAUGGCUGGAAAACCAGAGAUGAGGCAUGCAAAUUCCAUGAGGGAUCCUGAGUGUGCUAUAAAUGCCUUGUGUAGAUGUAGUCCAUCUUAAGAUGUUGACACACUGUGGACUUUGAAACUUUUCCAUAAUGCAAUGUCAUGGUCUCUUCACUCCCACUUUCUCUCCUGUUUUGUUUUGAAAAUAUAGCCUGUAUAAGAAAAAUAAUGUUCACUGUAUUCUAGUAACUUGUAAGACUCAAUUGUGUGUGUGUUAUCUUGGAUUAUCACCUGUGCUUAUGUAGGAACCCUCAUACACAUGAACACCCUGCCUGCACCCUGAAACCUGGGAAGGCUGCCUGAGCCUGCUUGUGAUUGGUUAAUGAGGAUCUGCUUAGAUUUUGCCAGAUGUUUGAGCCAUGUAACUAGAGGAGUUACACUGCCCUUGGUCUGUGCAUUUAGCUAAUUUUGUUUGGGUCUGUCCUGUUAAAGCCCUCUGCUUUGGUACAUAGAGGCAGGUUUUAGCCAGUUCUGUUAUUUUGCCUUGCAAGCAGUAUUUCCACAUAUUCUGCUUGUUCUGUUUGUUCUUCUUGUUACUCUUUUAGCCUUUUCUCUUUUGGUAAAUAAAACUAUUACCUACCUUAA